CCAAAUGGGACCACCAAUCUGAAACAUCAGAAAGCUAAACAAAUCUGAAAUUCUGAAGCUCAAUAAUGUGUAAAGAUGGUUUUAAAAAAACAACAUACAUGAAAUUUCUGUCCACAAUGCUCACAAACUCCAUUAACUGGGGCAUGUGGUAGUGAGAACUUAUACUGAUUAACCUUCUCACCAAAUUUAUGUGCUACUCCUAAGGGAUGAAAAACAUGUGUUUCACAACCAACACAUUGGAAAACAAGAGAGAGUUUGCUGGAAAUAAAUGUACAUACAAUUUGAACAAUUCCUAAUUAAACAAAUUCCUAAUUAAAAAGCAAAGAAAUCACACAACAGAACGUACCUUGUAGAUCUCUUACACAUAGCUGCUCCUGAAUAUAUUUUAACAAAAACUCGAAUGUAGAAAUCUGCACUCACAGACAACAUUGGCACUAUAUAUCGUCCAUAACGAUUUGCAUGAGUCUCAAUACACUGUAAUAUUAUUCUCAGACCCUAGUCCCAAAAGGAGGUAGGGAUAAAAAAACAUUUUAAAAACAUGCACUGUAUGAACAAUUCUAUGAGGAAAGACAAAAAAUGCAAGACCGAACCAACCAUUUCAUGGCAAGCCUUGGUUCUCAAUGAAAUAGCACCAUACUUGGCAUGACAUGUUUCAGGGGCAUUACCAGCUAAAACUGCCAUGUCAGUACACGUAACUAGGAGAAGGCCACCAUCAGUUACACACUGCACAGCAGCAUCAAGAAACUGUGUUGGACAACCAUAUGGGUCCAAGUCAACAGCAUGGACACGUUUGGACGGGUGACGAUGGGCGUACAUCAGCAUGCUAAACAUCAAAUAUGAAUACUUUACCCGACAUCUACUAUUAUUUACCCACAAGUUAAUACUACAGCACCUAUUAAUAUAAACUUCAAUAUACGUAUUUCUACUUUUGUACAUGCUAUCAUAAAAGUAAGUAAUUAUUUUGUCUCAUAUGGGGUUGUAUAUAGGCCCAUGAAACUGGAGCAUUGUUUGUCUUCAUUGUUUAGAACAUUGGCUUGAAUUUCAAAAUUAUGUGUCAAUUUGGAAGUAAUUAAUUUAUUCACAUUAAUUUAGGAAAACAAAAUUAAUACUUACACUGCAUCAUCAUGACUCACAGUCACUAAAGAAUCCACUUCAUUGAAUGUUACAUUUUCCUUAAUACUUUUUACAGCAGUUUCAGAUAUGUCAUUUGCUAUCACCUGCUUAACACCACUUAUUUCCUUUGCAUAUCGAAUACUUCGCAAACCAGUAGCCGAUAGGGCUUCAAUAAUAACAAUUCCGUCCUUGUGGACUUCACCACCAAUUUCAUUUGACUUUUCUGUUUUAUUACUGACUUCCUUGAUUUUUUUUUCUUCCAAUUUUUGGAAAUGUUCCUUAGCAAGGACAGUGAGAGCAGCUAUGCUCAGAUCUCUGUUAAAUUCCUGUACAGGAUUGUAGAACACGUUUUUGGAUUCUGGUAUAAGGAUUUCCGCUUUGCCUUCUUGAAUAACAGAAGGAUCACCAUCACGUGUUUGACAGGUUUCAUUUUCACGAGUUCCACAGACGUCGUUUUCAGCAAGUGAACUCAUCCUCAUAACAGAGGCACGUGCUACUAACCUAGAGAACGAACACCACGAACGACGAACUGAAUUCAUGCAGAAUAACACGGACUCGCGCUAUAAUCUUAUUAAUACUCUCGCUGUGACGGAACUACAUUAGUUCUAGUCCUUUUGGUACUAAAGUGCAAAAUCGACUUCUGAAGAUCGUGAUAUUAUUUUAUUUGCUACAUAAAUCACUUCUGAUCAUCUUCCUAAGCAAUAGCAUCAUACACAUGCUAUUCAGAACCUUUAGAAGUAAAGUAAAUACAUAAAGGUUAUUACUGCUUUAGGAAACUCUUAAUUACGUUUUAUACAAAAGAAACUCACUUAAAGGAAAAUGAUGUAAAAAAAGUCUAAAGUUAGGACGAUGACAGUUCAGGAGAUUUACAUUCUUUGACAGUGGCUUAUCAAACUUGUUUUAUUAUAAUCAAUGGAUAAGUAUACAAAGGUCGUCUUUAGUAUACCAUGGAAUUCCUUAAACCUCUCGCCUAUUCACUUGGGCAUUCAGACAAAUCACACCGCGCAGCACUUCACAACACUUCACUUCUUGGCUCGGUGGUUCAAUUCUGUACAGUGUUCACAAUCAUUGACAACUUGGCUAUAUACACCAAUGCAUACUCUUUGGCUAUAUUCUACUUCACUGGUUAUUUCGGCUCUACCUCCCCGCCACCGCCCACAGUCCCCGUCAUGCACCAUCCUGCAGUUUAUAUCAAUAUUCUUUGGGGUUCGCCAAUGGCCGCUUGUUACAACAGUUGUGAACUAUAGUUUGGUUAUGUGUCCGUGUAAUUUCUUACACGUUGGUGCUCGUCUUACUGAUUUUUCUCCCUUCGUUCUACCACGUUUAAUUUAAGUGUAAACUCAAAUUAAUUGAAGAUAUAUAUAUACGUUUUGAUGUAAUUAGUUUACCUUAUAGUAAGGACGACGUUGGUGUUAUGUGAUGUAGUGUAAUGUUUCUAUUCAUCAGAAGCAAGAUCACAACUUUGGCACUGUGUUUUCUCUCAAUAUAGACUAUUCAUUUCAGAAAGGAGCAUAAGAAUUCGUUUGUGUUUCCAUAUUAAUAACAAUUCUUAAAAAUGUCUCUGUACGAUGAUGUGGAUACCAAGCAGAAGAGCGAACAAGUUGCUGGCUGGUCUUCUGGAAUUAAAUUGUUACAAUCCCAAAUGCAGUUGAGAAAGGCAGCCCAGACACAGCCAAGAAGAGAUGCUCUUCGGAAGGCUGGUACUAGUCUUGCACCUGUGAUUGACCUAAAAUCCAGGAAAGAUGAAGAAGAUUCAAAUUCUAAUUCAAGCUUUGGGAGCUAUAAUUCAGGAAAGAAGUUACCUCUUGAAGUCGAUAACGUUCUAAUUCAGGAAGGAAAAGGGUCUCUUUUGACGAAUGUACCACCACGAGAUUCUGAUUGGAAUGUUGAAGGUGAAUAUGACCCAAUGUGGCCAAACGACUAUGAGAAGGUUGUCAAAGAUCUGAGAGAAAUGAGGGAAAGAGAAAAAGAACGAGAAGAAGAAGAAAAACGUAGGAAAAAUAAAGAAGAUAGGGAAAAAAGAGCACGUGAAAGAUUUGAAAAUUCAGAUGAUCGUCGUAAAUCUGGAUUUGCUGGGCGACGAGAAAGUGAUGAAGAAGAAGAAGAGAAAGAGAAGCCUGUGACGCCUCGAGCCAGUGGAGUUGCAAUAGCUCCACCUCCUUCUCUCCAUGAAGGGGCAUCACCAGGGGAGGCAACCAAAACUCCUGUGUCAGGAGAGAAAUAUGGUUUAUCAUUUGGUGGUUCUGUAGCAGCGAAGAUAAUGGCAAAAUAUGGUUUUAAGGAGGGCCAAGGUCUGGGAAAACAAGAGCAGGGAAUUUCUAUGGCACUUCAAGUAGAGAAAACCAGCAAACGUGGAGGACGAAUCAUUAGUGAGAAAGAAAUAAUGCCACCUCCUCCAGCAGGAACGACAAUUGGCUCACCAGUCGCAAAUUCCCAGAUAGGAGCACCUCCGAAACCAGAGCCAUCAAUUACAGAAAUUAUGAAAGCACCAGCCAAAGUGGUUCUCUUAAGGAACAUGGUUGGCCCAGGAGAAGUAGAUGAAGAUCUUGAACCAGAAGUUAAAGAUGAAUGUAAUUCAAAAUAUGGAGAAGUUGUUAAAGUUAUCAUCUUUGAACAACCUAAUGUAGAACCUGAUGAGGCUGUGAGAAUAUUUGUAGAAUUUAAAAGAAUUGAAUCGGCUAUAAAAGCUGUUGUUGAUUUGAAUGGCCGCUUCUUUGGUGGCCGACAAGUGAAAGCUGGCUUUUACAGUUGGGAAAAACUUAACAAUCUGCAGCUGUUGGAUUGAAUAUGUGUAUGUCUUGUUAUUAAUAAACAUUUAUUCAAUAAACAAAUUUGUGUUUAAUGGUUGUUGCCCAUCACUUAUUCAUGGUAGGAGGAGGAGAAUUUUGUCUACAAUUUGAGGUGAAUUUUUGAAUUUUUAAGUUGAAAAAAUGCUGUCAACAUGUGCUUUCUUUUUAUUUUGUUCUAAAUAUGGGAAUUAGUUAGAUUUUUUUGGGGGGUGGUAAUGAUUUAGGAAACAAUUCUAACUAAUCCCAAAAUUCAGAAAUGUUAAAAAACUCACAUUGACGGCGUUCUUCCUUGUUUGCCCAUAUACAAAGUAUAUAUGUAGUGCAGAGAAAUUGUCUAAUGCUAUUGAAAAUUGAUUUCAAGAUUUUAAAAGAAAUUUGUGUUUUGGGAUCCCCUGAUACUGG